UGACGUGCGCAAAAACGAAUGCUCUGUGAUCACUGAAAAGCAUCUUCUUUUUCUUUCAAAAGUCGCCACCAUGUCGAAGAGAGGUCGUGGAGGUUCCGCAGGAGCCAAAUUCAGGAUAUCCCUUGGUUUACCCGUGGGAGCCGUUAUCAAUUGUGCAGAUAAUACAGGUGCAAAGAACCUUUAUGUCAUCGCAGUUCAAGGAAUUAAAGGUCGUUUGAACCGUUUGCCUGCUGCAGGUUCUGGCGAUAUGAUUGUUGCAACUGUCAAAAAAGGAAAGCCUGAACUAAGAAAAAAGGUUAUGCCAGCGGUGGUAAUUCGGCAACGAAAGCCGUUCCGCAGGAAGGACGGGGUCUUUAUAUAUUUUGAAGACAAUGCAGGUGUGAUUGUCAAUAAUAAAGGAGAAAUGAAAGGCUCCGCUAUUACAGGACCAGUUGCUAAGGAGUGUGCGGAUUUGUGGCCAAGAAUUGCAUCAAAUGCCAGCAGUAUCUCCUAAAACCUUCUUGUAAAUUUAUUAUCAUACAUAAAAUAAAAAAACUCUUCUACAAA